AUGUCGGUGACCUCAUGUCCCACCUCCGUCCCGGCUGCAAUUGGCCACCCACAGUCUGAAGGCGCACACCAUACCGGAUCGGGAGGACUGUAUAUCAGCAUCGACAUCGAUAUCGACGAUCUUUCCUAUUCAACACCGGAACUCCCCACCAAUCCGCCUUACAAGGACGGAAAUUCCAAAAUAGAAACCAUCACCCUGUCCUGA